AUGGUGCUCAUGCUGUCUGACGUCGCUGGGGUUAAUUUACUUGUCUGGGGUCCCUCGGAGCCAUCAGAUGAGAACUUUAGGCGAUGGUGUCAAGGUUUUCAGUUCAGUGACUAUGAACAAACUGCGCUUCUUCAAAUUAAUAGUGGUCCAUGUGCCGUCAUCGCCGCUGUUCAAGCCGGGAUUUUACGUCAAGUUCUUUUCACUACGGAUCAUCCUAUCCCAGUCCAUUCAAAUUUACACGCAUUAAUUAUAUCCCUCAUCCCUGCGUUCGAAUCAGAAUUUGGCAUCUUAUGCUUCCUCUAUUCUAUCCUUGUGACACAUGGGUUGGAAAAUGUAAAGAAUGGAAUGACCGGCGAAACGGAAACUCUAAUUGAUUCCAACUUUGGCAAUGCUAGCCAGUGUCUUUUAAAUCUUCUUCUAACUGGACAAUCUUCGCCAUACCUUUUCGAUGGUAAACGCGAUCUUUCGGGAUUUUGUAUGCAGGGUAUCACCGAGCAACCAAAAACAGGUUUCCUGACAAUCAUGGAGUCUCUGCGCUAUUGUGAAGUUGGUUGGUUCUUGAAAAACCCAUCCACUCCCAUUUGGAUCAUUGGUUCUGAGAGUCAUUUCACCGUGCUGGCGUCACCGUGCCUUGAGCUUGUGAGUGUGGAGCCCCUCGCACCCCUUCUUCAAUCGGAGCAGAAGAGUAGGAGCUCAAUGCCAAAAUCCAGCUUAUGGCAUGCAGAACGCGAGUUUGAGAACCUUUGUGAAAGUUCUGACGCUGGGUUUCUGACUUAUGAAAAGUACGAGCAACUGCUUGGCUUAUUGAGACUGCCUAAUGAUGAAGCAAGAAGUAACGAUCUCGCUAUCUUUGUUUCGACUAGCAUUCGGGCGGCUACGACAACCAUGGACCCGGAUGGCAUGCAAAUAAUCCUGCGAAAACCUUUCUUCGAUUACUACUAUUCCGAUGAAAUUAGGCGGCGGGGCGAUAUCACCUCUGAAUUUCAAGUGCUGCACUUUAACGGGCUGCCCGUCGGCCAACCCAGGGAUAAGAUAUGGGGUUGCAAAGAUCGUGGAUCCCAUGGAGGAGAGUCCGCCGACCAGAUUGACUACGCUGGACCGAUGCCUACGCACCAAGUGGCCGACGAUCCAGGUCACCUGGCAAGACGGCCUCGAGCCGAUCAUCGAGUGACCUGCCGCAUUCCACCUCACUGCCACUCUAUGCCCGUUUCUCCUGGCUCUUUCAUCUCCUCCCCCUCUCCACCACCACUAUCUCAGUUUUGA